UUCUCCAGACCCGUCACUCUGUAAGAUUCCUGACAGAAACGAAAGUGAAAUAUAUAAGCUUGCUUUCACUAAACACAGCUGUAACACAGCAUAUCAUUCCACAACCAUGGAGCAAAAUGACAUAGACGAGGGGUUAUAUUCACGGCAGCUAUAUGUCCUGGGCCAUGAUGCAAUGCGACGUAUGGGAGAAGCCAAUGUCCUUAUUUGUGGGAUGAGAGGUCUUGGUGUGGAGGUGGCCAAGAACGUCAUUCUGGCAGGAGUUGGUUCAGUCACCAUCCAGGAUGAGGGGACGACUGAAUGGGCCGACCUGUCCUCUCAGUUUUACCUAACAGAAAGUGACCUGGGCAAGAACCGGGCAAUUUGUUCUGAAAAACACCUUGCUCGCUUAAACAGCCACGUUCGUCUUUGCACCUAUACCGAACCUCCAAAUAAGGACUUUUUGCACAAAUUCCAGGUGGUGGUUCUGACAGAUUCAUCAUUAGAAGAGCAGCUUUCAGUGGCUGCAUUCUGCCACUCCAACAACAUCAAAUUUAUUUUGGCUGAUACCAAAGGACUUUGUGGGCAGUUGUUCUGUGACUUUGGAGAAAAUUUUUUGGUCAGAGACACUGAUGGGGAGCCACCAAGUGUGUCCAUGAUUGCCCAUGUUUCCAAGGAAAAUCCAGGUAUAGUCACGUGCACAGAUGAACAGGCUGCCUUCUCAGAUGGCAUGCGUGUUGUCUUCUCUGGGGUUCAGGGCAUGACCGAGCUCAACAGCUACGGACCUAUUGAAAUCAAAAUUCUAGACAACUACUCUUUUAGUAUUUGUGACACCUCAAAUUUCACUGAAUUUGAGAAAGGUGGUGUGGCAACUGAAGUCAAAGCAACAAAGAUGCUUAAUUUUAUACCUCUAGAUGUUGCUUUGGAGAAAGUGAUGCAAGAUCAGGAGCUACUGGUGCCCACUGAUCAUGGAAAAGUUCAGAGACAUCAAUCUCUUCACUUGGGCUUCCGUGCACUGCAAGAGUUUCAACAGAAAUACAAUCGACUGCCCAAACCUAGGAACCAGUCGGAUGCUGAGCUACUGCUUGCCAUGACGAAGCAGCUCAGUGCAGCUGUACACUUUGACAGUCUUGAAGAAGAUGUCGUGAGGAAACUGUCUCUUACAGCCAGGGGCAGUUUGGCUCCCAUCAAUGCUUUCAUUGGAGGUCUGGCUGCCCAGGAGGUGAUGAAGGCUUGCAGCGGUAAAUUCACUCCACUCAAACAGUGGCUCUACUUCGAUGCUCUGGAAUGCCUUCCUGAGCAGGAGAACUGUGAUGGAGGACUGACAGAAAAUGACUGUGCUCCGAGAGACAGUCGCUAUGAUGGACAGAUCGCUGUGUUUGGCUCUGAAUUCCAAGAGAAACUCAAGAAACAGAGAUAUUUUCUGGUGGGUGCUGGUGCCAUUGGCUGUGAGCUUCUGAAAAACUUUGCCCUGAUUGGCCUCGGUGCUGGAGAGGGCGGGCACAUCACAGUGACGGACAUGGAUUCGAUUGAGAGGUCCAAUCUGAAUCGUCAGUUCCUGUUUAGGUCAGAGGAUAUUGGGAGGCAGAAAUCAGAGGUGGCAGCUGAGGCCGUGCAUGAAAUAAACCCCAGCAUAAACAUCACGUCUCACCAGAACCGUGUGGGUCAGGAGAGCGAGAGCAUCUACACACACCAGUUCUACAGCAGCCUGGAUGGAGUGGCAGCAGCUCUGGAUAAUGUGGAAGCCAGAGUGUAUUUGGAUGAGCGCUGUGUGCAGUACCGGAAGCCUCUGUUAGAAGGGGGGACUCUGGGUGGUAAAGCUCAUACACUUGUGGUAGUUCCACACCUGACUGAAUCCUAUGGACCAGCAACAUCUUCCGGACAGAAAGCUAUUCCGUUGUGCACACUGAAGCACUUCCCUCAUCGUAUAGAACACACACUGCAGUGGGCCAGAGAACAGUUUGAGGGCCUGUUCAACCAAACACCAGAGCAUGUGAACCAGUAUCUAAGCGAUGCUGAUUUCUGGGCUCGCACUGCUGGCCGAGGGGAGGCCGAGGCCGCCGAGGUGGUGGAGGUGGUGUAUAGAAGUCUGAAGGACAGACCCCGUAACUGGCAGGAUUGUGUGGCUUGGGCUCGUUUGCAGUGGGAGAGCUUUUACAACAAUGAUAUCGCACAGCUGCUCUACUGCUUCCCUCCUGACCAUGUAACUAGUUCAAAUCUGCCUUUCUGGAUGGGAGCUAAAAGAUGUCCUCACCCCUUAACCUUUGACCCAGCCAAUACCACCCAUGUGGAUUUUAUCGUGGCCUCCGCUAACCUGUAUGGGCAGGUUUAUGGGAUUGAGGGAUCGACAGACCGUGCUGAAAUCCUGAAGCUCCUGAAAGGAGUGCGUGUGCCACCGUUUCACCCAAAAUCUAGUGUGAAGAUUGCAGUGGAGGACGAGGAAAGGAAGGAAAGCACGGAAGAGAGAAAUGAUGAGGACCAAGCCAAGAUGGAUGAGUUAAAGCAGAAACUGUCAAGCCUCCAGCCUGCUGGCCAGCAGGGUCGGAUGUUCCCUCUAGAAUUUGAAAAGGAUGAUGACAGUAAUUUCCACAUGGACUUUAUAGUGGCAGCGUCUAACCUUAGGGCAGAGAAUUAUGAUAUACCAGCAGCAGAUCGGCACAAGAGCAAGCUCAUUGCUGGUCGCAUCAUCCCUGCUAUCGCCACAACCACAGCAGCAACAUCAGGCCUUAUGUGUCUAGAGCUGUAUAAGCUUGUGCAGGGCCACCAACAAAUCAGCUCCUUCCGUACUUCAUUCCUUAACAUGGCAGCCAGUUACUACUUGAUGUCACAGCCAUUCGAGGAACCAGUGUUCACAGUUGCGGGGAAAGAGUAUUCCCUCUGGGACCAGUUCCUGGUGCAGGGAAGAAAAGAAGGACAGGAGGAAAUGACAGUGGAAGAGCUUCUGAAAUACGUCAAGGAAAACUAUCACUUGACCAUCACAGCUCUGUUUUAUGGACCUGCACUGUUAUACUCCAAUCACUCAGAUCGACUUAAACAGAGAGUGUCAGACGUUGUCCUGAUGGUCACCAAGAAUGAGCUUCCUGUUCAUAUGCAGAUGCUGGAGCUCAUACCUUCUUUUGCUGAGGAUGAGGACUGUGAGAAGGUUCCACCAGUUAGGUACAUCUUUAGAUGAGGUCAGCAAGAUGGAAAUGCAAAAAAAAGUCAACUUUAUUUAAUGUCAGCCUUAUUACAUUGUUCUGCUGAAACCCUAUUCAUUCUCUUUAGAGUAGUUUCAUUAAUUAGCUAUAAUUAGUUACUUUAAUGUGCUUUGUGAUUUUUCUUUAUUACUUUCUCUCUCCAUACAUCCACCCAUCUCUCUCUCUCUCUCUCUCUCUCUCUCUGUCUUUCUCUCUCUCUGUUUCUCUCUCUCUCUCUCUCUCUCUCUCUCUCUCUCUCUCACUCUCUCUGUCUUUCUCUCUCUCUGUUUCUCUCUCUCUCUCUCUCUCUCUCUCUCUCUCUCUCUCUCUCUCUCUCUCUCUCCAAAAAUCUGAGACCACACUGAAAAUCUGGGGGUUUCUUUUAAUUUUAAGGAAAUAAAAGGAAGGUCUUAGCAUUUUUUAAAUAUUUAAAAGGUUUAAUAGCUUGAAUAUUUGACAAUAUUUAAGAUAUUUAAGAUCCUGCACUUUUUCAAUCUCCCUAUUUAUUGGAAGCAAGUUGGUGAUGUUGUGAGGAAGGUCAGAUUUUCUCCAUGUUUAAUCUCUUCUGCUGAAACUAAUGUGUAAUCUCUUCUAAUGUGAUAUUAUGAUGGAUCUAAUCUGAAAUGGACCGUAGUUAAAUGCACACUGUCAUUAAAACAAAAAAAACAAAAAAAAACAAGGGGGGAUUCCACUUUUCACUCAAGUUGUUGUCAGUAAUAUCAUUUGUAAUGAAAUGUGUUGUAUUCAAUUGGGAUAGAAUGCAAACGAGAAACAUUUUUACGAAAGAGAGGUUAGUGAUAUAUACUGAGCCAAAAUUCUCUCUAACAUUCAGUAUACUGUCAAAGAUCGUCAUGAAAUGCAGAAAUUUCAGUAAAAAGCAGCAGACAGGAGUUAGAUAGCUGCUGACUGCUUUGUGUGUCCUCUUGUUAGUGAGACACUGAGACACCUGUAACACUGCCAGUCUUUGUCAUGUACUGAUUAUCACACACUGCUAUCAGCUUAUCACAUUAUAUAAUGUAAAGACUAUAAAGAACAGUCUAAUCUUGUCUGCUCCAUUUUAUUUAAGUUGUACAUUGUCAAAGCACUUUGCUACUCUCAUGUCCUGCAUUUGAAUAUAAUAUGGAGGGCGGGUGCAUGCAUUGUGGGUAAUUAUACUGGGAAUGACUGAAACAAUAGCACAGGACACUUAUUAAAGCUGUGUACAUAUAUUUUUGUCAUGCACAGCAUAAGACCAUAAAAGAUAUAUCAUAUUAAACCUUACCCCAUGUCUAUUGUUUGACUUAUAUGGACCAGUGUCAUAAGAUGACAGAAAAAAUAAAAUUUUCUCAAAUCUGA